GGCGGGGAGUGUCGAGCGAGAGGAGGAGGAGGAGGUGGAGCUGGUCAGCAGAGGGAACUCUCCGCAUUUGCUGUCCGUCCUCCGCCUCUCUGUCUGUGUCUCUGCGCUCCCUCCGCCUGCUCCCCGUGGCUGAGCUGAGACCGUGGGCUCCAUGAAGAGAGCCGCGCGGAGCUGAGGGCCCCUCGGAACGACGAGGGGAGAGACCGGCGGCGGUGGCGGUGGAGAUUUGUUGUUAAAAACGAGGGUUGAAGAGGGAGGAGAGGGGGGAGUCAUGGAGACGGCUCUGGAGCGGGAGUGUAACGCGCUCGGCGGACUCUUCCAGAGCAUCGUGAACGACAUGAAGAGCAGCUAUCCCGUCUGGGAGGACUUUACCAACAAAGCGACAAAAUUUCACUCCCAGCUCCGAACGACUGUGGUGGCUGCUGCAACGUUCCUGGACGCGUUCCAGAAAAUCGCGGACCUGGCCACCAACUCUCGCGGGGCAACGCGGGAGAUCGGCUCGGCGUUCACCCGGAUGUGCAUGAGGCACAAAAGCAUCGAAUUCAAGCUUCGCCAGUUCUCCGUGGCAUUGCUCGACAGUCUGAUCAACCCCUUGCAAGAACGACUUGAGGACUGGAAAAAAUCCACCAAUCAGCUGGACAAAGAUCAUGCGAAAGAUUUCAAGAGGGUGAGACAAGAAAUUAAAAAGAAGUCCCUCGACACCAUGAAGUUACAAAAGAAAGUGAAGAAAGGCAAGGGCGAGAUCCAGCCGCAGCUGGAGCACGCCCUGCAGGACGUGACGGACAUGUACCUGCUGCUGGAGGAGACGGAGAAGCAGGCGGUGCGCCGGGCCCUCAUCGAGGAGCGAACGCGAUUCUGUUCCUUCGCGUGCAUGCUGCGGCCCGUCGUGGACGAGGAGCUGGCCAUGUUGGAGGAGAUCACGCACCUGCAGACCAUCGUGGACGACCUGGCCAAGCUCACCGUGGAUCCACACCGCCUGCCCCCUGCCAGCGAACAGGUGAUUUUGGACCUGAAGGGCUCGGACUACAGCUGGAGCUACCAGACGCCACCGUCGUCCCCCAGCAGCUCCGGCUCUCGGAAGUCCAGCAUGUGCAGCUCGAACAGCAUCCACAGCAGCGACUCGCAGUCGAGCGGCUCGCACCCCUACUCGGCGGUGUCGCACUACCGCUACCAUGGCCUGCACGCGCACACCCCCGCGCUGCCCUCCACGCGCCUCUCCAGCAUCUCCUCGCACGACUCCGGCUUCAUGUCCCAGGACGUGGCCUACUCCAAGCCGCCCUCUCCGCUGCCCCUUGACGCCGUCAGCCAGGUCAGCCAGAAGUCCCUGGGCUCUGCGAGCUCCGAGGCGUCAGAGCCGGGUCUCUCCGUCAGCAGCUGUGGCUCGCCGGCGCCAGCUGUGGUGAGCUCCUCCACGGGGCCUCAUGCAGACAAGCCGUUUGUUUUCCCCGUGGCUGAGUGCGUCCUGCACCCAGCGCCUACCCCUCCCCGGGCGUGCCACCCGCGGCCCGCCUCCCUCCCUCCCUACUCCCCCGUGCCCAUGCUGCCCGGCUUCACCCCAUCCUCGCGCGUGCCCAGCUGGAAGGACUGGUCGAAGCCCGGGCCGUACGACCAGCCGAUGGUGAACACGCUGCAGCGCCGCAGAGACAAGUCCAAGGCGAAAUGCGGGGAUGCCGAGAAAGGGGCAGACGGGGACGCCGCCACCUGCCAGCCGGACGAGGGCCAGCAGAGGCCCCGGAGCAUCGACGUGCCCACCGGCAUCAAGGUGGGGGAAGUGAGCGCGAGCGAGUUGGCCCUGGUGCUGAAGCGCGGGCUUCAUCUGGAGAGUCAGAAGAGCAAUCGCGACUCCAUGCAGGGUUCGAGCGGCUACAGCACACAGACCACCACCCCCUCGUGCUCUGAGGACACCCUGCCCUCUCAAGUUUCAGAUUCUGACUGUCUCUCGGUGAACGGUGAUGCAGAGCUGGAACCCGCCGUGGAGUUUGACCGGUCGUGCACCAUCCCUCGCAACAGCGACCUGAGCCAGUCCUACCGCCGCAUGUUCCACUCCAAGCGUCCGGCCUCCACCGCCGGCAUCCCCAACUGUGGCGGCGCCGCGACGGCCGGCACCCCCGGAGUAGCCACGAUCCGCCGCAACCCGUCCAGCAAGCCCCUGCUCCGGCGAGCGGGGUCCGCGGCGGGGCCCAUUCCCAUCCGCCCGCCGGUCGUCCCCGUGAAGCCCCCCGCCGUCCCGACGCUGCCCGGCAGCCUGUCGCCCUCGCACGCCGGCAGCGACGAGUCUCUGCAGCUGAGCGGCGGCAGCGCCUCUCCCAGUAGCGGUAGCAGCGGCGGCGGCGGCGGCGGCGCGUCUGAGCCGACGCGAGCGUCGCACGGGCAGCGUCCCGGCUCGCCGGGACGCGACGGCUCGCCCCUCGCUCCCGAGCACCGCCGCGGAUCCCCCGGCCACUGCGACGGCGCGCAGGAGCACAAGCGAGGCGCGUCCCCCGUGAUCGGCAGCGUCGGCUCCUCCACCGCCAGCGACUGCGGCGAUCCCAGCAUCGCCUCCUCGCCUUCCAAAUCCGACGGAGCGUUUUCGGUUCAAAGCAGCGCCCCCGGUUCUCCUACCUCGCCAGUCCCUGCGGCGGAGACUCCGAGGCGGAUCGCGGCGCGGGAACGCGACGCAGUGAAAGACGAGCUGUGCGGCGCGGAGAAUCAGCAGGCGCUCGUGGUGGACAGCGGCGCGCAGGUUUCCCGCCACCAUGGGAUUUCGCCCGCGGAGCCGAGCUGCCCGCUGGGGGUGAAGACCAUCCCCGUGUCUCCGUGCCCGUCGCCCCCGUCGCCCUCCCAGGGCGAAGACGUGCUGAGCUCCAUCCGUCGCGGAGUGCGGCUGCGCAGGACCAUCACCAACGACCGGUCUGCUCCCCGCAUCUGAGCCGAUGUGGACCCCCGGAUACGUGUCUGCCCCGCGGUUUCACGAACGCAAGCGGCGCCCUCUCAGCCGAGUGACGUGCAGACGUCAGCCCCCCCCCCUCCGCCCCCCCCCCGUAGCCCCGUGAAAGGAAAGUCUAAAAACAUCGAUGGAAGCAGCUGGACCAUUACAGUCCUUUGAUGUCUUACUCAAUUGCUCGAGUACGCCCGCAGUGUAAAAAUAUAGCACAUGUUUGCUGACGUGCAUUUGACAGGCCAAUUAGAAGAAAUGUACGUCAUAUAGUUACACGAAUAUAUCAGAUAGGAGUUGGUCUCAUGAGUUUCAUCAGGGAUCACUUCCCUCCCACGGAUAUUCUGCUCCGUGAUUGUCACCGCCGUUAGUAUUACUGUGUUGUAUCGGAGGCAAGAGAUGGGACAGAUUGCAUCCAACAAACGCAUACAUACACACACCCCCCAGGGAUUCAUUUCCUGGGCUCACAACUCCUGAUGCUGUUUGGGGAUCCUAUGGAGGAUGAUGAAAUGGGGCUGGAUGAUGCCCCUGGUGAUUUACUCAUGCAAUAAGUCACAUUGUGAUUAAUUAAUAUUGUAAGUGUAUGUAAAUUACUGAAACAAGGAAUUGGGAAUGUUUUAAAAGGCAAAAUGUGCAUUGUGCUCAAUUACAAAAAUGCAAUGGAAUCCUGGAUUACGCAAUCAAAAAUAAAUAUAGUUUGGGUUUGUAGAAUCACGAGUUGAGAAAAUUAACCAUCUCGUCCAGAUACAAAGUGCAAAACUUUAGACGUGUGUAAAAGCUCAAAUGCUUGGCUAUUUGAAGUUACAAAUAUUAUUUGCAUCGUGACGGUUCGACCAUUAAAGGUGUAAAAAUACAUUAAUUUAGGUUAAUUUGAAAUUUACAAAAAAAUAUAUAUAAAACUAUAAAGUAAGAUAUUGGUGCAAAUCCUGGUCCUUAUGUUCGAUGGUUGUUGAGCCAAUAGCUGAAAACAGCAUUACUAUUGACAUAGUCUGCAAAUAUUAACCUACGUGCCAUAAUAAUUCUUAGCAAUCGUAGUAUUUGGAGAGAAGGUGAACAUUAACAAAUGCAAUUUCAGUCGAGAGAAUAUAUUCUAUCCGGUAUAUUUGGGGGAGAAUAAAUGGUUAAACAUAGGUGGUGGAGUGCUCACCCAUUCCAUACCAUGAAGUGGUGGUUUUGGCGUGUGGCAUCAACCAAAGCCACCGCUCUGUUGAAGGAGAGAUGCAGAGGAGCCGUUGACUUUGUCAAUCUUCCUCCGACAUCCUCCCCUCCGAAUUAGUGUCCGUCAAUGUCAGCUGCAAGAACUUACAGCAAUAAAACACUGAAAUGUCUCUAAAUGAAAAAAAAUCUUUAAAAAAUCGUUGCAAAAAUCUACGACUGUUUAUUCAAACUGUGGGACACAUAUUUAAACGGCGUGAUGUCUAAAUCCGAUAACGAGUAUUGAUAUAGCUUUUUGAUUAAAGGCAAGCUGUUUACUGCUUGCAUCAUUCCUUCUGGCUUUGCAGCCAAAGGCAAUGUUUUACUACAAGCAUGUGUGGUUAAUGCGGACUCGAUGCCUUGUGAUGGGUGUAUAUUUGCUGUUUGAACAUCUUGACACCACCUGCAUUCUUGCCGUUUUAGUGUAAAGCCUGUUCUGUUUUUUUCCCCAUCAUUUUGAUACUGGCAAAAAAAGGGUGGCAUAGAUAUUUGUACAUGUGCACCACUGCCAACGCAGCAGCAGCAGCAGCAGCAAACAAUCAAGUUCAUUUCGUGCCUGCCACCACUUAGGAAUACUGGCACGGAACACAUUUCCACGCUGUAAACUACACUUAUAGAGGAGACUCCAACGCACACGGCUUUUGUCAGCGGAGCGACCGCCGCACCUGAACGUCCGUCCGCGCGCUGCCGUCCUGAGUGACGGCCGCAAAUGAAGUCACGCGGUUUGGUUUGGCAGAGGCCCCGCCAGUCAGCUGGGUCCGUCGACGCAGAGAGGUGACUGAUCCUCCGCGCACGCUCCCGUCGGUCGGGAAGACGCGUCGCCGUGCCCAUCGCCCCGAUGCCUUCCCGUUGCUCGGCGAGACGCCUCGGGCACAAGGCGAACCGCCCGGCUUCGCUGGCCAGCAGCGGGCACGGGGAGGGGGGGGGGGGGAAUAACGUUGUGUAACUGUGAAGGUCACUGCUUCUAAACUGGCUCUCCUGUCACCUCGCGUAUUCCCAUCCGAUUGGCGACGUUAAGAUGAGUUUGAAUUAUUGGAGGCCCAUGGAAAGAGAUUUUCAAGUGGUUAUUGUGACUUUGAAGCAAUUCAUGUUUGCGUCUUCGUUGUGUGUCGACGUGGAAAUUGUUUAGUUCAACAUGCAAUCCACGGUUAGCAAUAAACUGCGGUAAAACGUUGGAAGCAAAACUUAACGAUAUUUGAGUCCUGUGCAGUGUGAUGCAUUGUUUGGCCUUACCUUGUAGUCAUAUGUAUACAGCAGUUGAUCGCCUGCCUUAUCGUUGUAACUCGUCGUUGUUUUAGACCAUGGAUGCUUUAUGACUUUGACGUAAUUUUUUCCUGUAAAAGGGGAGCUGUUCUGACCUGCGUUUCCAAGUCGUGGAAAUUUUUUUUACUCUUGUUAUAUAUCACAGUAGGUGACAUGUGUCUGGGACCCUGGUGUUUUGGCUGUGUGUUGAAAGACCUAUAGAACUUGCAUGCAGUUUCUAAAUACAAGUAGGAUUUUGUUGCAAAAUUACUGAAAUGUAAUAUUUUGACCGUUUGAUUUUUACCUUUUAUCUGAUGUACAUUAAUUAUUGUCGUGGCCUAAUGCUCCUUAAUAUUCACAGAACAAAAACACGCUUUUGAAGGGUUUCAUACGCAAUGUUUUCCUGUCAUUAAUCUUCACUUUCCCGCGCACUUAGAGGGUAUACACACGUGUGUCCACCACAGUUUUGUUCCGAAAAGUGCGCAUACGACAUUUCAACAAGGGGGCAACUUUGUGCAGGCCAUUGACGGAAGAUCAUUUAAGCAACACGAGACAGCUUUGCGUACCAACCACAGUCCACAACCACCCGUCCCGCGCUCUAUAAUUGCCUCUUUGCUGCUUCCUCCAUCAAAUUAGUUGCAACCAACUAGUCUGUAGCUCCCACCGCCUUCAAAAAUGUAGCCCUUAUUAUCUUCAAUUCCCAGGCAACAAAUCACAACUACGACUCUCCUCACAACUCCACUUUUCCUUAACUGCAUUUUGUCUUGACAUUGUACCACUCAUGGAUGCAUAUUUUGGGUUUGUGUGUGUGUGUGUGUCUUUACAAUUGCUGGAACUGUGUAUGUAAUAUCCAUGCAAGUCCCACCUCUCCCACACGUGCACGCACGCACACACACACUCGCAGAAUUGUAGAGGGAUUAGAAAUUAGUUGAGAGCACAAUUCACCGAGAGCACUGAAGUGUUGUUUGUUGAAUAUGGAGUAGCCGACGUGUAAAUUGUAACCUAUUUAAACACAAAAAAAGUGCUGAGUUUUUGUUUCGUGUUUUUUACGUUAUAUAAAAAGUCUCAAACCUUGUUAUUGCCCCCUGGUGGAAGUUCAAAGUUCACAAUCAUCGUCUGUUUAAUGCCUGUAAUUUUCUGUUACCGCUAUGGGAAAAUAAUAAUCGCCCAGGUCGUGCACGCGAUCGAGUUAAUUGCGAUAAUGCUGGAGCUCUGCGACACACGUCUAACAGGGCAACCUUUCUUUUGUACUAGAUACUAAUGCAUCGCGAAAGUUGACAGCAUACACAAUAAAUAUGUAAAUAUGCUUUUUACUAAUUCCUUUGCAUCGGGUAUGGGCAUGUUAACGGUGGGAGUUGUUUCAUACAGAUCCAAUGAGCAGCGACUUUUCACUUACCAGUUUACUCAGGUCGAUGUUUUUUUUCUCUCACAAGACUGACCUUGCACAGCAGUGCCGACUGAACACUCAGUUUAAAUGCCCGUGCGACUUAGCAUGGCAGUGCCAACUAAAAAUGGUAAACUUACGUUGUAUUAUCGCCUAACUAGCUUACCGACACCCACUGAAUUACAUGAAGCAAGUAAGAAACACGGUAUUUUCAUACUUGCUGCGACAAAAUAGAAAUGUAAGAUAGGAAUGAUUAUAGAUUUGAAGUUUUCGUGACUGCAACGAUCCAUACUCUUUGGUUCUUUCGGUAAAGUCACGUAGGUAGAAAAAUAAUAAUAAUAAUGAAAAUAAUAAAAUGAGUUUACCCACGAAUGCAAAGUUCCACCUGAAGUGUGUUUUUUCUCUUGAGAAAUACUUUAGUUACAAUUAACGACACUGCGAAGGCUUCGGCAAAGAUGUUGGUGAAAGUGGCUCGAUAUUGCUCUGCUUUUAGGCAAAGGCAAAACCUUUUAAAACAGUCUGCCUCAGCAGCAGGACCACGCUUUCCCACCUGACGAUGGACGCUUGUGUUGCGCCCGAAACGUCGUGAUUUAUUUUAUUUUACACCUACUACGUGACUUUACCGAAAGAACCAAAGAGUAUGGAUUCCUGCAGUCACGAAAGCUUCAGAAUCAAGAUUAAAGCAGUCUUCUUCUUUACAUACUGUGUCAUAUGGGGCAUCACAGUGUAUCUUUCUUCUCAGGUCACAUCUGGCUUUUCAACGCUAUUCAAACUUUAUUUUUCUCUCGGCCAAGGUACACAGCAGGUCUUACAGGAUGUAAAGGAGCAUUUUGCCCUGUACUUCAAAACGGAGAUGUUUGCUGUAACGUUGAUAACCUGUAAUACUUAUAAUGCAUAUGUAUUGUUGACUAAAUAUGAAAACUUGCUUGCAACUUUUCCAUUAUGUUUUGUAUCCCGUGCCAAUGUUAUAUUCCGUGAUGUUUGAUAACAUUUUCCUCGUGGCUAUUGCGGUUGGCAUUGUAGUCGCUUAAGCUGCCAUUAAAUUGCCUGAUGUUACAUCAUUACUGCAUUUAAUCAUGAAGGUAGUGUUUUGAAUAAAGUUACCAUAAGACUGA